AAAAAAGCAACGUAUUUAUAUAUAUAUAAAUGUAUAUACACAUGGGGAGAAAGGAGGAAGGCGAGACAGUGUAAAACAAAGGGAAGAAGAAGAAGGGGCUGAGGCAGCGGUAGGAGAGCACGGAAAGGAAGCAAAAAAAAAAAAGGGGGGGAGAGAGGGGUGAGUGAAGCAUUUGGAGAAAUAAUCACAGACACAGAGGAAGCAGCGGAACCUACAUCAGCAGGGUCUUCCCUGCACCAUCUCCCCCCAGCAAGAUGCAUCGUACGAUGCGGAUCAAGAUGACAGAGCUGAAUCCGCACUUGAUGUGCGCUCUCUGCGGAGGCUACUUCAUUGAUGCGGCAACGAUCGUAGAAUGUCUGCAUUCCUUCUGCAAGACCUGUAUCCUGCGAUACCUGGAAGCGCACAAGUUCUGCCCGAUGUGUGACUCGCAGGUCCAUAAAGGACGACCCCUUCUCAGUAUUAGGUCAGACAAAACAUUGCAGGACAUUGUGUAUAAGCUUGUCCCCGGACUCUUUAGAGACGAGAUGAAGAGGCGGCGGGAUUUUUACGCUUCCUACUCACGUUCAAAGGACAGUUCAAGCGCAGAGCAAGGGCAGAAGGUAUCAGAGGCCGGAGAGGCCCCAGUGCAGGAAGAGGAAAACAUCAGCCUGUCCAUCCAGUUUUCUGAGGAUGCCCGGGAUGAGAUACAAGAUCUUGUGGACAGUGAAGACUUAGAAAAGAGGAACAGUCUGCGAUUCCUGCGCUGCCCAGCUGCCAUGACCAUUACACAUCUUGCCAAAUUUUUACGGAACAAGAUGGAUGUUCCCAGCAAAUACAAGGUUGAAAUUCUGUACGAGGAGGAGCCGCUAAAGGACUAUUACACACUUAUGGACAUUGCAUAUAUUUACCCUUGGGGACGGACAGGUCCUCUCCCGCUGAAGUAUCGGGUCCAGCCCACGUGCAAGAGGUUGAGGUUCAGUCGUCCACGAAGCCUCCUGGAUUUUAAUCGCGGAACAACCUCCGAGGGGGAAUCCACCAGCGACAAGGCUAGCAGCCCCGCUCCUGUUCCUUCUACAUCAUCCUCUCUGCCCAGCCCAGCAACCCCGUGCCAGGGCUCCCCUAACCCCAACACUGAGCUCCCCCCAUCCUCUGUCCUUCAGAACGGCCAUUCUGCCAGCCGAGGCCGCAAGGUUGCCCUCAACGGUGUUCCCGGGCCUCCCCUCACCUGAAAGCCUUGUAGCUCCUCUGCGGGUUUUUAUACAUAUGUACAUAGACAGAAGGACUUGGUUAUUUUCUAUGGACAAAACAAGAGUAAUUUAAUCCUGGCCAUUACAGAAUUCUUUUUUUUUUUUGUUUGUUUCAUAAUUUAUAAAUAAAAGGGGGUGUGGAGGCAAUCCCCCUUCCUGCUUGUCAGUCUCCUCUUCAGAUGGAGGCUUGGAAAGCUUGGACACAUGGCACAGCACAGUGGUCACAUGACCCCCUCCUCCUUGGGAAGGUUAACGGAUGGGUGGAAUUUGCAGGGCAAGUAAGUGCCACGGCAGUAUUCCCUUCUACAUACUAACCUUCGCCCUCUCUAAUAGUUUGUUCCCCUGAUGUGGGUGGGAUUUUUGGGGUGUCUUCCUGUGUAUCCAAAUAAAGAGAUACAAAGUGUUUUUCCUUU